AAUGAAAGCUACCUACGACAUUAUUCCUUCAGAUUCCUUAAUAUAAUUAAUUAAUUCCUCUUAUGAACUUGAUCAAAUGACAAACAAAUGGAUGUUUGGAGAAGAAGAUCAUCAAUAAGCCUCUCCUCCUCAUCACGAUUAAAUAAGGAAAUGCAGACCACUUGACAAACAUAAUGAAUCAAUCAUCAAUAAUAACAAAGACUUAUUUAAUGUGAACUAUUCUAAAAGUGUUUAUGUAAAUAAAAUAAACUCUUUAAUUGAAAUUGCUCCUACUUGUCAAGAAUCUUCUUUGGCUAUUAAAAAAGAGUAAUAUAAAAUAAUAUACAAUAUAGAUAAAAAACUUAUCUUAAAACAAAGAAAUAGUUUGAAAAAGAUAAUGGAUACUAUCAUGAAGAACAAGGCUUUGAUGAUAGCAAUAAAAUAAAGUUAGCAAAGAAUAGACAAUCUGCAAGAGACUCAAGAAAGCGUAAGAAAAUAUAUGUGGAACUUCUUGAAAUAAAAGUAGCUGAAUUAAGUAAAUAAAUUGAAGUUCUCCAAAAAAACCUUGAAUAAUAAAAUAUAUUCAUAAAACAUUGUGUCAAGAUACCUUCUCUUGUAAUAAUAUUAAUCACUAUAAAUAGAUAUCAGAUUUUAAUUUGAGUUAUUAAAAUUAAUUCUAAGUUUUAAGUUAGAACAUAACAAAAAAGCAAUUGUAAACUUUAGAUGAUGAAUUUGGAGUGAAUUCAGAGAAAAGAGAUUAUUUAUGUAAUAUCAUAUUUAAUACUUUGGUUGAUCAUAUAUUACCCUUUGAUUUAAAAAAAACAAUUGAAACAGCUAUUAAUAGUAAUUUAUUAUACUAUAUAAUAUUUAGAUCUUGGUAUAUUCAAAUUAGGAGAAUAAUAAGAGAUCAAAUAAUUAAUGGAAUUCUAACAAUAAUUCAUCUAAAAUUAUAAAAAAUUUGAAUUGUAAUUAUUUUAUAUUAUUUCAUAGAGCUGCUUUUGAUAUGGCUAAGUCAUAUGAAUAUAUAAAGAGAGAAGCAGAUAAACUUGAAAAACUUAAACAUUAAAUGGUAUCACUUUUGGGUCCUUAAAAAUAUGUCAAAAAUAUUCUUGAUAUACAAUAACUCCAAUAAUAAAUUAUAGUCAAAGAAGAAGAUAUCAAUUAAAAAAGUUAUACAAAAUAUGAAUUAUGAACU